AUGAGCAAUAAUCCCUACGCGCUGAACGGUUACGGAGGCCCAACCAACGGCACCAACCCGUACGCUCCUACCAAUGUAUCCCAUUCUGUCUCCUCAGGCCGCUAUGCGGACCCCUAUUUAAAUCCGCAGAACAACUCCUCCUCCGCCUCCGUGAACAGUUUCGGAUCGCAAGAACGGCGACGUCGGUCCAACCCUUAUGAACAACGUGCGGAGCGAGACACUCCUGCCCAGGGGCUCCCGAGUAGAGUAGCUCCAGGAGGCGGAAGCGGCGGGGGAGGUUAUGGAGGAUCAUCUGGAGGAGGGGGAGGAGGAGGAGGCUACGGAGGUCUACCACGUCCGAGAUACUCGGAAGACGCGCCUCCAAGAAAUGACCCUGGGUAUGGACGAGACAGGGAUCCUCAAGCAUACGAGCAGAGGCCACAGAGGCCACCGACUCGAGAAAGAGACAGGGCGAACAAUGACCCAAGAUUCCGCGAGAACAGAGAGGUCCGGUCUCCUAUGCCUCCACCUCCGACGAUGCCACCUACGAUGUCCAAGAAGCCUUCGAUGACCAGCCUGAACGCACCGAGCCAGACAAACGGCUAUAGUAACCAACCCUACCCUCUUCCCGCAAAUGCGAACAGACAAUAUUCCCCACGUAGGCCACAGAAGAGCAUGGAUGAGAUCUUGCGACACAUUCAGUCAAAUUGGAAAGACAUGGAAGGCGACGAAUGCGUCCCAGUCAAGAUUGCCCUCAAGCUGAUGGAUCCGAGCUCAUUAGGCCUCAAAGAUAAGGAGGAAGAUUUCUCAAACACGCAUGUAGAUUUGCAGAAAUGUCUCAAGUCAGUGGUGAACGAGCACUACGCCGACUUCAACAGUGCCGUCGGUACAUACCACAAGAUCCAAUCCGCGAUCCGGGACAGCCAGAGUCGAGUAAGGCAGCUCAGGGCAGGCCUGAUGAACGUCAAGGGCGGCAUGUUGACGACCAGACCAGAAUUGCGAGGGUUGGCCGAGCAGUCCGGGGAGCUGGACCACAUGCUGGUCAUCUUGAGCAACAUCGAAUCCCUCAAGACCGUCCCAGGCAAACUGGAGGAGAAGAUCAGCGAGAAGAAAUUCCUGGGCGCCGUCGAUCUCUUAAUGGACAGCCUCAAAGCCAUCACCAAAAGCGAACUUGAUGGCAUCGGAGCAAUCACCGACCUACGAAGCUACUUUAUCAACCAGGAAAGCACCCUAGUAGAUAUCCUGGUCGAAGAACUGCAUGACCAUCUCUACUUACGAAGCCCUUACUGCAAAGACAGGUGGAAGGGGAAGAAGGCCAACGGCGAAGAUAGAGAAUCCAAGGACAACCUCAUUGGUAGUGUCAACGCCUGGGACCGACCCUUCAACCACUACCUUAACAGCGCCGACUUCACGACGCCCAUGAUCGAAGACGCCUCGAAGAACCCAGAGGCCGACACCUUCUACUACAUCCACAUGAUCCUCGAAUCUCUACACAAGUUAGGUCAGCUCGGGGAAGCUGUGUCACGAAUCGAGCAGAGGAUGCCGGUGGAGCUGUACAAGGUAGUUGAAAAGACGAACCACGACAUUGACGCCAAAUACCCAACCCACCUCAGAGGACAAGUGAACAAGGACGGUCGGAAAGUCAUGUCUCUGCAGGUCCACGACGGCCGGGCUCAGAUCCUCUCCGACUAUCUGUGGACGCUGUACUCGAAAUUCGAGGCCAUCGCCGAGAGCCACCGAGUGCUUCACGAGAUCAUUACCGGGAUCGCCGCGCGAGAGAAGUUGCCCAAACCAGAGAAGUACACCGGCGGCUUCAAGGAGCUGUGGAAGCUCUACCAGAUGGAGAUGCGCUCUCUUUUGCAUGACUACCUUGCUACUGACGGCGGGAUGACUCUACGCUCCGGUCUCACCACGACGACGAGCACAGACAUCUUUGCUCGCCCGACGCGCGACAAGAGCAAAAGGAUGUUCAAGCUGUCCGAGAUGGACCUCAAGUCCGAAGGCAUGAAAGCCGAAGAGGACGAGUUGAACGAGAUCCUCAAGAGUUCCGUGCCAGGAUUGGUGAGCAAGUCUCGCGCCAGGGAUGGGUUGGACGUGAUCACCGAACGAAGUGGCCGGGACAGUUCGGCCGCUGGACACAAAUUGCUGAUCGAGCCAGGCGUGUUCAACAUGACCGUCCUGCUCCCGCCGUCAUUGACUUUCCUCCAACGUCUCAAGGACGUCGUCCCCACGACCGCCCACAUCCCCAUGAGUACCCUUACGUCCUUCCUCGACGAUUUCCUGAUCAACGUUUUCCACCCGCAACUCGAAGAGGCUGUCACGGAGCUCUGUACGCAAUGCAUGAUCGACCUGGAAGCCUUCUCGGAAGAUUCGCAGUGGUCGAAACAUUCGACCCACCCCAUUUUCAAAGGCACCGUCUCCUUUAUGAGUAUGAUCCGCGCAUUCUCAGGCAUGCUAAGCUCGAUCCCUCAGGAUCAAAUGUUCACACAGCUCAUCAUCGACCAACUCGUCACGUACUACGACAAGUGCUUUGGGUACUACAAGGCUCUGGUCAGCAGAGUUGUACCGUCUGCCGCGAACCAGAACGUCAAUACUCUUGCACUAAAGGCAGCCGCUGCAUUCGCGGACUCAGGAGAGGUGCGCGACGCCGCGAUCGAAUUGCUUGCGCACGAGCAGUCCGGCGGCGCGACGUCCCGAUCCGCCCUCGUCAAGAAAGAAGUUCAAGCCCUGGUGUCUGCGACGAAACAACAUCCGCUGUCAACCUACGACAUCAUCUCUGAUCCGAAAUCUGUGCACCAGCUCUCUCUCCUGUACAACUCCAUGCAGUGGCUCUCCGCGGCUCUGAAACAGAUCCGCCACGUCGAGAGCAGCCAUCCCAGCCACACGCGGACAGGCUCGCAGUCCAAGAAUGCUCGAAGGUGGACUCUGAUCACAGGUCUUCGGUCUCUCGGCGGCAAAUCACCAAAUCACCCUGGAGCGAAAGCCCCCGUGUUUCUACCGCUCGGCUCGGAAACAGUCAUUCCCUUCGACAAUACCGUGUCUUCGUUCAGCGCUCUCGCCCAAACCAGUCUGCUGACCUUGCACAUCGAUAUACGUUGCGGCAUUAUACACCAACUCUCACGCACGUUCCGUGGGCCUAGUCCAGAGGCCGCUGCGACCAACAACGGGUCUGGGGCAUCGCCUGGUGAGCCUUUGAACCGCGACUCAACGACGCUCCCGCCGCUCGAUUCUGGACUGUAUCCUUAUGUCCUGGCUGCGCCACCGGCCUCGGCAUCUCCCCUGAUUCUCGAGCUUAACAAUGACCUGAUUGCCUUCGACUCGAACAUCGCAACGUUUCUCGGCUCUCGCGAACGGAGUUUCAUCCUGACCGGUCUUGCUCGACUUGUGGAUCGUUACAUCGUCAUCGCCGCCGACGCAAUCGGCGUCAUGAACACGAACGGCGCAGAGAAGGUGCGCAUCGACGCCAUGGUCAUUCAGCAGAAUCUCAGGGCCAUUCUCGCCAGUACUUCCUUGACUCCUGCAAAGGGCGCCACCGGCCGAUCUGCAGUCGCCGAUGACACGAGCUUGGCCGCGGGUCUAGGCAUUUCGACAGAGAUGCGCACCACGGACGCCGAAGGCGAAGGCGAUGACGACGAUAUUUCGGGCCUAUUGACUUUGUCAUCUCAAUAUUUCAAUCUCUUCCUACAAGGGCCAGAGGCCGUGCUGCAGUAUGUUCGAGAUUGCAAGGCCCAGAGCAGGGAUAUCGGGUAUACGUAUGAUGAAUUGCGUACGCUGGUGGAAUUGAUUUGUAGUGCCAAACUUAGAGGAGAGGAUAGAGAAGAGAGCAUCAAGGCCAGGAAGGGCCAGCAGGAGAUCCUGCUCGCACUGGGCGAGGUCAUGUGGGAUUCGUAG